UUGAAGAAUCAACCUCGUCUUUUUGCUGUGCCUGAAUCUGAGCUUAAAAAGCGUGUUUCUAAACUUCUGGAUAUUGGGUUUUCUACUAAUUCAAGAAUAUUAUUACUCAUGAAACUUUUUUGUGAAAAUUGCAAUUGUUUCAAAAGUUUUGGUUUCUCCAAAAUUAAGUGCAUGGAAAUGUUUAGGAUGGCACCAAGUUUAUUCCGAACUACAGAGGAGAAAAUAAGACUCGGACUAGAGUUCUUCUUGGAAACAAUGAAGUUAAAAAAGUCAACUUUAGUACAGUAUCCUGCACUUUUGAUGUAUAGCAUGGAGAAGAGAGUGAUUCACAGAUAUCAAGUUCUUCAGCUGAUAAAGUCAUUCUACAUCCUCUAGACUAUUUUCUUUACACCAAAAAUAAAAAGACACAAUGCAAUUCCAUUUCACUUUCUGGAUGUAAUUAAACCUAUCCUCAAAACAUCUACCAUUUCUUUCUUUCCACACUGUCCACCAAAUACAGACUGGGACUAUUCUCCACCACUUAUUCUGACUUUUGCUUCCCCCUCUUCUAAUCCAGCAACUCAAAAGGUCAGCAGUAUGUUCUGGCAUUGUCCAUCUGAUUCCUAUUAGGCUUAUGAACAAAGACCAGACCUGUGAAGUUGCUUUACAAUGUAAAAAAAGGUGACUGUUGGUCUCUUCUGCUUCAUUGCUAGAAAACAUCUGGACACAAUUUGGAAUCCCUCUUUUUCAAAGCUUCCUGAGUGGAACAAGCCUUCCUAGCCACCAACCAAGAAAAACAUUUAACCUUAGAAGGUGCUAUGCUUUUCCAGAUAUGCUUCCAAGGCCAUAUUUCACAUCCUGGUUGCUCCCUCACUUCUUUUUUAUAUAUUCUGUUCACUGUGAUGAUCCCAUCAGUUGCAUAUUUCCAUCUGAUUGUGUCAGGAGUUAGAGCGGUGCCUUUGAAACUGCUGAUUUCUUGCAAGAGUUGUGCCAACCUGUUCACUUCCCAAUCAUUCAGGUGCCUUCUGAAGGGAAAUGAAGUUUGGAGAAAAGCAUGGGCUGCUUCUGUGUUCCACCUCUGCCUAUCUGUGACUUUUAAUAGCUUUGUUCAAAGCUUUCUCUUAAAUCCUUAAAACUCAUAUGUUCUUUCGCUUCAAGUCUUUCUGGCCAUUGCCUGUGAACAGAUUGAGAAGGACUAAUGAUCACCAUCCAACUACGGGGCCAUUGUUUAUCUACUCUCUUACAUCAUCUUCAUUCCCUAAAUUCUGGUCCUUUUUCUUCUUUCCGCGUCUCUCUUUCCUCUCUACCAAAGGUGGUAACCAUAAAUUCUGCUCAAAAUGCAAACCAAGAAAAUCCUGUUCUCCUCAACUACCUAAUAAAUACGUUGGACUUUCCAAAACCUAAAGCCCUGGCAGUAUCCAAUCGUUUUCCUUGGGUCAGAAGUGUUGAAAAACCUCAAUUGGCUGUACAUUUCUUCAAGUCCAUUGGAUUCACAGAUGCACAAAUCAAUUCCGCUGUUAGUAAUGCCCCGCAAAUCCUCCUUGCUGAUGUUGAAAAGACACUGAAGCCAAAGAUCCAGGUAUUACAAGAAUUGGGUAUCACUGGUUCUGAUCUGGGUAGGCUUAUGUCCACAAAGACGAAUAUAUUAACACGUAGCCUGGAUAAAAUACUAAAGCCUUCCAUUGAUGUUCUCAAUAAAGUCCUUAUAAACGGUAUUCAUAAUGGCGAUUGGUUACGGGUCCUACGAAGGUGUGAUUGGGUUCUUCAUAAAUCCCCUCACUUGAGACUGAUUCCUAAUAUUUCAUAUCUGGAGAGCGUUGGGAUUGUCGGGACUCAAUUAUCAGCACUCUUGAAGAGACAACCUUAUCUUUUUGUUGUGCCUGAAUCUGAGCUUAAAAAGCUUGUCUCUAGAGUUAUGGAUAUUGGGUUUUCUACUGAUUCAAGAAUGUUAAUGCAUGGCCUUCAUACUCUUGGUUGUAUUAGUCAGGAGUCUUUUUCGAAGAAAUUACUAUUGUUUCAGAGUACUGGUUUCUCCAAAAAUGAGUGCAUGGAAAUGUUUAGGAGAGCACCAGCUUUAUUCCGAACUUCUGAGGAGAAAUUAAGACUCAGACUGGAGUUCUUCUUGGAAACAGUGAAGUUAAAGAAGUCAACUUUAGUACAGUAUCCUACACUUUUGAUGUUUAGCAUGGAGGAUAGAGUGAUUCCCAGGUAUCAUGUUUUUCAGCUGAUAAAGUCAAAAAAGCUUUUGGAGAAAGACCCAAGUUUUUAUUACAUGAUGCGUUUGUCAGAGCAUCUGUUCUUGGAAAAGUACAUAUCGAGGUUUACAGAAAAUGCAGAGGAAUUAUUGAUGGCCUACAAGGGCCAUUUUCUAGAUGUAGGAGAAGAAUAAGCAUGUUCCUUGAGAAUCUACCAGCAUUCAUUUUCUUUCAACGUAAAACAUGUUGGCUAUCUUACUAGGCUUCAAGCUGCCCUACUAUUUCCUCGAAGUUUAAAGAUGCCUACUGCAAAAAUGUCAUGCUAGUGUGAUGACUGUCAAAGUACACUGGGUUCUCUUCUUUUGGCGCUGUUACUAUUCAAUCCGUCUAUUUUUCCGGCGAACUCCUCGGCGAUAUCUAUCCCUGUCGAAAGCUAGUAGUAAAUUCACUCAGGGUCUCGUUCUCUUUCUUCUUUGGGAUUCGUAUUCUCUAUUUCUAGUGAGACAAACACCCUAACCCCUGUUUUACAAUCAUUUUUAGUGAUGUAGUACGGAUUAUGAACUUCAGUGAAUGCCUCUCGUUUUUUUUUUUUUUUAAAGCAAUUUAUUUGCAUUCUCAUUUGUAUUCUAUGUGAUACUGGCUUGUAAAUUGUGGGUUUUUGGCCUUUUUCAAUUUGGAGUUGCUUACAAUUUCAUGCUUU